AUGGUGGACGCUGCAACUGCGCUGCAGAAUGGAGUGGCUGGAUUCUCAGUCGUGAUGUGGAUUGUCAUGACACAGUUCUGUCUAUGGGGAGCUAUUCUCGUGCGAAUACGCUACUCUCAUCCGCCAACGCCCACAUCAUCUCAAAAAUCAUCAACUCCUAGCGUCACGAUUCUUCGACCUAUGAAGGGCGUCGAUAAUUUGCUAGAAGAGAAUCUAGCCUCUGCGUUCAAACAGGAAUAUCCAAAGUUUGAGGUCAUCAUGACUGUAGCUGAUCCCAAGGAUAAAGCUGUUGAAGUCGCUCGAAUGGUUAUGAAAGCUCAUCCCAAUGUUGAUGCUCGUAUUGUUACUGGCAAUCCAGAUGAAGCAGAAAUUGGACCAAAUCCAAAGGUUUGCAACUUGCUACCAGGCUAUCAUGCCGCCAAAUAUAAUAUUAUAUGGAUCGUGGACUCGAACGUACUAGUCGCGCCGGAUUGCAUGGGUAGAUCUGUCGAUGCUCUCCAUCUACCAAACAUUGGAUUGGUACACCACGCACCAGUAGCAACAAGGCCACAGUCUUUUGGAUCUCGUGUAGAAAUGAUGUUUCUAAAUACCGCACACUGUAAAAUGUAUCUCAGCAUCAAUUAUGCAUCCAUCUCGUCAUGUAUCAAUGGCAAGAGUAAUAUGUUUCGUAAAACAGAUCUUGAACGAGCAGCUGCUGGCGGUCUAGCUCAUUUCGCUCGAUACUUGAGUGAAGAUAAUAUUAUGGGUGAAAAGAUAUGGCAAUUGGGAUUACGGCACGCUACUACAGCUGAUUUUGCCAUGCAACCGCUGGGUGCCUUGAGCCUUGUAGAAUACUUUCGUCGACGAUCACGAUGGAUUCGUAUACGUAAAUAUGUAGUGACGGUUGCUACCUUAAUCGAGCCAUUUACCGAAUCGAUAGUGUGUGGUCUUCUUGGUGUCUGGGGUUGGUCGUACUUUUUGGGAUGGACUAGAUCACAGUGUAUAAUGUUUCUGGUGAUGCAUUUUAUAGGCUGGAUUGCGUCGGAUACAGUGAUUGCUUUUACCAUUGAUGACAGUUUGGCUAAAAGUGCCGACGUGUACUUUCUGGCCUGGAUUGUCCGGGAAGUUAUGGCAUUACCUAUAUGGUGUAUUGCUAUGGCAGGAUAUAUAGUGGAAUGGCGAGGUAAACCAUUCCGUCUGAAUCCAGAUGGAACUGCUACUGCGAUUGUUACGCACUGGCACGAGAAGAAGCAGUAA